AUGGCAGCUGCAGCACCAAAUGGUAUUACCCAACAGCAGUGGGCUACUACAUCGGCUGCAGCAGCAGCACUUCAAAAUGGUGGGAAUCGUCAUCGUCCAUAUUUCGGGCAACCUCAAUUUGUUCGUGCACCGAUAAUUGGAAAUCGUAUAAGUGGAGUAGAUUAUUGGCAUAAAAAUGGUGGCUCAGCAGCUGAUGCUGUGCGUCGUCAGCAGCAACAGCAGCCACUUCAUUAUGAACGCGGAGGCGCUGGUAGUAAUGUUGGGAUAGAUGACAUUUCGGAUCGUAACAAAGCAUUUUUUUUACGUAACGAUAAAUGGCAACCACGUGGGUCACAUCCACAGGCACCACCCAAAUUAACUUCUGCACAAAGACGAGCACGUGGGCCAUUACCAGACUGGGACGAAUGUGCAGGAGACGAUGAUAAUUUUGAUUAUAUGGAUCUGAUGGAAUCUCAAUAUGCGCAGUUUUAUGCUGUGUCAACGAUACCUCCAUUUGAUCCCAGUUCGACAUGCUUGGAUCCCGCAUUGGCAGCAGCAUUUCCGACUGCGAAUAUUAUGUUUCAAGCGCACCAACAAAUGGCUGCCCUAACGUUUCGUCAUUCACAUAUUUCCCCGUUUAACCCCCAUCUGCUUUCCCAACCUCCACCUACUGUUGCAGCUACAGCUGCAACCGUAGGUGAGUCACGUUCGGACAGUGUAGCAUCGUCGCUUACAUCCAACACUGUCCCGCCAACACCAACCGCUUUACUUUCACCAGGCAGUGGUGUUCUCACAACCAAAGGUGAGUUCAUCCCUGGACCGGCGGUAGGCCCUAUGAGUGUCCCUUACCAUGCCGCUUAUCCACCUGUAUCACCCCAAGCACCAAUCACCAGUGAAACUUUGAAAGAAUAUGUUAGAAAACAAAUAGAGUAUUACUUAUCUCCGGAGAACCUUCAGAAAGAUUUCUAUUUACGUCGGAAGAUGGAUAAAAAUGGUUUUUUAUCGUUAGCGUUGAUAGCUAGUUUUCCUCGUGUUCGUACACUUACCGAUAAUAUUGCAUUAAUUACGGAAGCUUUACGAAGUAGUGAAAAAGUGGAACUUAGUGACGACAAUGAAAAUGUUCGACCGCAUGAUAAUCCACAACAAUGGCCGCUUUCGCCGGCUCUAUUGCAAACCACGGAGUCAAGCAACAGUGCUGCUCGUCCGGAAGCUGAAACGACCAUAAAGAUGACAAAUAUUGCAUCUUCGGUGGUUUCUCAGGUGAUGACGACAGAGCCACUGGCACCUGAAGCUACGGAUUCUAAUGUUUUAGUGCAAGCUGAGUUGCAGCCGUCUGUUUCUUUGGAAUCACUUGAAGCUGAGAAGCGAAAUUGUGAAGGACGCAACAAUAAUGACACUACUAAAGAAGUGACUACUGGCAAUUAUUCUGCACUAAUUGCAGAUGAGACGGUUUCAAAUUUAGCAAAAGGCAGUAAGCGUGAUAAAACGGAAGAUGUCUCAUGUAGACUAUCGUCACAUGCAUAUGGAAAAAACGGUAGUGGGAAGAGCAAUAAUGAGAUGAUGGAGCGGAACAGGGAACUAACGAAAGAAUCUGAAGUAGAAGAUUGGCAAGAGGUCAAAAGUCGGAAGCAAAGGAAAAGUAAGGCUUCUGGUAAUGCUGUUGGCAAAGGAGCAUCACAUUCAGUUUCAUCGCCACCUGCACGAUUUGUUCCAGAAACGGACAUGCAAAAUGAUGACGAUUUUUUUGCAGUACCAGAUCUGCCACAUCGCGAAAGGAGAACAGUUAAUAGGAUUGCAGUAUCGGAUGAUUCAUCAGAGGAUAUAAGCGAUGCAAAUAUCAAAAAAUUAAUUAUUGUAACACCAGCAUCGAAUAAAAGACAGUUUGAUCGUACUGGUGAUCCAGCAUCUCCCAAAGUGAAUCAAAAUUUGACGGAAGAAAUGGAAUAUGGUCUUAGGCGAUACGAAAAUGAGUUAUGGAAUCGUAAAGAAACAACUCGUAAGACUCAUAUUAAUAAGGUUGACACAGUUCCUGAAGAAGGAUUCAAGCAACUGAAAGGGGAGAAUAGCACCCUUCAAAAAUGUGCGCCAGAACCACUGCAGAAAGCGCUUCCAACUUCAAAUACUGUCCCGGAAAUUUCUUCAGUUUGGGCACAAAAGGCUCGUGAAAGAGCUGCGGCAAACGCUGCAUCAUCGACAAAAAGUCCAUUGGCAAAACGAGAAACAGAAUGUGGUCUGUUAACGCCACGUUUUUAUCCGGUGAAGGAGAGUGCCGUUCCAGAUUCUUCUCAGUCAAGAAAAUAUAAAACUCGUCAUAGCGAAAAUCCACCUGUUGAAAUGCCCGUUGGUUGGGUUUUUGGCACUCGUUCGAGGACAUCUUCUGUUAAUGCCGACUCGGUUGAAUCAACAAGUAACCAAGCUGCACCUGGCCCUUCAAUGCACGUCUCCUUUAGUUUGUUGCAAGAGAAUGGUUUCCAGGAACAGAUAUACACGAAAUGGAGAAUAUCAUGCCUACAGCAGAGAGAACAUUUGGGUUAUGGCACAACUGAGAUGAAUACUUAUUUCCGUUUCUUAUCUUUCUUCUUGCGAGACCAUUUCAACCGGAAAAUGUAUCAAGAAUUUAGACAUUUAGCCCUUGAAGAUGCGCAAGCGGGUUACAGGUACGGGCUAGAAUGCCUCUUUAGAUUCUACAAUUUUGGUCUGGAGCGUAAAUUCAGGCCAAACGUGUACUUAGAUUUCCAAGAGGAAACAAUGAACGAUGUUAAACGAGGCGAACUAUACGGGUUGGAAAAGUUUUGGGCUUUUCUAAAGUUUUACAAGCACUCGAGGCGCUUAGAAGUUCAUCCAUUCCUCAAAAAGAAGCUAGCAGAAUACAAGAAUUUGGAUGAUUUCAAAUUUGAUCCGGCUACAGCAGCCAAGAAAGAACUAUCAGUGGACAGUAUAAGUGCAGCUAUUUCUUCCAGGCGAUGA